UUCGAUUUGGAACGCAUAUGUCAACUGUCAACUCAACUCUCACUUGAUCAACGUUAUAUUUUUGUUUCCCUUAAUAUUUAUUAAUUGAACAGAAAUUUUAUGCAUUAUCAAUAAUGCUGUAAAAAUACAAUAUUACUAACAUAUUCGUGACGUUAUCUUAGUUAACAUGGGUUUACUAUCAGACCCGGAGUACGGGUCGGCGAAAUGGGUUAAGAUCCUUCGAAAAAUUCAAGGGCCGCUAUGUUUUCUGUUUUAUAUUGGAGCAAUUGGAUGGUUUCUGAUGCUUGGAAACAGGGAUUUUAACAAUGAGACGUACUUCUCAGAGAAUGCUUUACUGCCGGGUUUAGUUGCCAAGGAGUUUAAUGCUGAAUCCAGUGCUAAUAGGUUCUAUAGUGAACUUUUGCAAGAAAUGGAGGGAAAGUAUGAAGAAACAGGUGAAAUGCCUGUAUCCUGGUUAGUGGGUAAGAUGUCUCAGUUGCAUUUGGAAGUCUACACUCACAAUUUCACUCUCAAUUAUCCGAUGGGACAGGGCCAGGUGUACAAAGGUACAAAUGUCUAUGGUAUACUCAGAGCUGCAAGAACACCAUCUUUGGAAGCAUUGGUAGUAUCGGCUCCAUUCCGAUAUAUAUCCACACAUCAGAAGGGAACCGCAGCGGGUAUUGCUCUGAUGUUAGCAUUCGCUCAGUUUGCCAGACCUCAAAAAUAUUGGGCCAAAGAUAUAAUUUUUCUCAUCACUGAAUAUGAACAGCUUGGAAUGCAGGCAUGGCUCGAAGCUUAUUAUGGACUUGACAAUGAACCCGGAAACUUCUACACUAGUCUAGGAAGUUUCUGGAGACCCGAUCUUCCCAUGUUGGAUCUUGCUAAGUUUACUUCACCUAUAGAUUGGGGUGAAGAUGCACAAAGUCUUAAUCCAGGCAAAUUGCAAGGCAGAUCUGGAUCUAUACAGGCGGCUAUUAAUUUGGAAUUUGAUUCACCAAAAAUUAAGUACAUAGAGGUGAAAAUCGAAGGAUUAAACGGACAACUACCUAAUCUCGAUCUUGUAAACUUAGUUCAUAAACUAUGUGUGAAGUCGGGAAUACAUCACUCUUACAAGAAUAGUUAUUCAUGGAUACGACGUAACAAGAUGGACGAAUGGUUGAAUGGUAUUUGGACCAUGCUUGGUAUGGUGAAUACACAAUUUCCUGGGGUACCAAAUGGUAAUCACGGAUUAUUUCAUCGUUUUGGAAUCGAAGCUGUGACCUUGGAAGGUAGAGACGCAAACGAUCCAGCUGGUAUACCACCGAAAGUCAACUCUUUACCUACUGCAAGUUUUUACAAGCUCGGCACAGCUUUAGAAAGUAUUCUACGGUCACUGAAUAAUUUGCUCGAAAGAUUCCAUCAGAGUUAUUUCUUUUAUCUUUUGGCUUCUACUAAUAGAUUUAUUUCUAUCGGACAAUAUAUGCCGUCCCUCUGCUUACUUUGUGCAGCGAUGUUAAUACGUGCAUUAUCAUUAUGGGUUAAUAUACAGGACGAUGAAAAAGACACACAAAAUGAUACUCUAAAAGAUAAAGCUAAAAAAGAUAAUUCUGCUGAAGAAACAGAAAAACAUAAGAUAUCCAAAGAUAAAGUGUCUGAAGAAGUAAAAGAUGAAUUAGAGAGUGAUGGGAAAUUGGAAAAAGAUGAUGAAAAAGAAGAUUUAAUAUCAAAAGAUAUUGAUGAUGUUGGUGAUGGAUUUAGUGUAGUCAAUAUGGGAGCUAAUUACCUUUUGGUUCAUUUAUUGGGAUAUAUUGUGAUGAAUUCACCUGUUAUUUUCAGUCAAAUUGGUGCAAAAUACUUCGAAUAUCCAUCAGAGUUUUCCGUAUACUGUGGUUUUAUAGCAGUAUCAGUGGUUAUAGUCAUAAUAUCACCAUUCCUACCCCGACUGUUCAGAUCAGGUCCAUUGACACGAGAAGAAAUGACAAUAAUGAAUAUAUUAGUACUAAUUGAAUUGUCUACAGCUUGCCUAGCUAUUGGUAUGCAUAAUUUCUCUCUAGGACUUGUGGUGGCAACUGUUUAUACCCCAUUGUCUCUGGUUGUGGGUGUUAUAGACAAUAAAAGAACAAGGUCAAUAAUUCUUCAAAUGAAGCGAAUUAUGUGUCUUUUACUUCAUCCGUUGUGCUUUUUGUCUCUGGCCAUGAUUAGUUACAGUCAUGUGUUGUUCCCCGAAGAGGGUUUAGGCACAAUGAUUUCCCGCGGAAAGGAUGCGGCCAUGCAAGCUGUCAUGUUCUCUAUAGUUGACUCUAUGAUUUAUGGCAAUUGGUUAUAUAAUGUUGGUACAUGUAUACUAUUCCCAACUUGGAUUAUCUUUUGGCAAAUAUUAUGUAACAAAGUUGAGAUUGAUUAGUACAAAUUAGUUUAAACUUAGUUAAGUUUAUUUAGUGUUAAUAACCAUGGGAGACAUGAAUUAUUAAAACCAGAUGAGAAUGAAUGGGUUAUGUUUUAUUGUAUUCCAAAGAAA